UAAAAAUGGAGAUAUCCUCAAUGGCGCAACACAUGCUGUCAGAGAAGCAAAAAGCCACAGAUAAAAAGCGUCGUCUAUCUAUCUCUAUGUAGGAAACGGACACAAUAUAGUACAUGCCAACGCGGUCGAUGCUGUUCGGGAUCCUUAGCAGCUGAUACAAAGUAACAACAUUUUUACAACAGCUCGCGCUGGAAUUAGUUCGACGGUGGGCAGUCCUGUACACAGGUUCCAUCCCCCAGCCUUCCAUGGCCUCGGCCCCAUCAUCCUGACCUUUAACCCUGACAUAACACAUGGAUGACCUGGAUGCUCUCAGAGGACUCUCUCCUCGACCCCCUCCUCCUGAGGACUCUGUGUCCCUUUCCUCGUCCAGCACCGACAUCAUCAACUUAGAAGAUGGCCACUACAGUGCCCUGCGAGCGGAGCUGGAGGCUGAUGCUCAGGACCUGGAGGGAGAGUCCUGGAGUGUCUCCGUGGACCAGCAGUACAUAAAGAGACUAUACAAAGACGCUAUAAAGAGACAAGAUGUCAUCUACGAGUUGAUCCAGAUGGAGGUGUACCACCUGCAGACCUUGAAGCUGCUGCUGAGUGUGUACAAGUAUGAGCUGAGACGCAGCCUACAGAUGGAGGAGCAUAAGCUGGACAGGAUGUUCCCUCAGAUGGACAGCCUGCUGCACAUCCACCAACACUUCCUGUGGUGUCUUAGAGACUGCCGCGACGGACAGAAUCACUACACAGUCACACAGCUGGGAGCUAUACUCAUCAACCAGUUUUCAGGUGAGAUGGGAGAGAGGAUGAAGGAGAGCUAUGGAGUGUUCUGUAGUCACCACACAGAUGCUGUCAGCUUCUACAAAGAACAGCUACAGAACAACAAGAAGUUCCAGAACUUGAUUACGAAAAUCGGUCGGUUGUCCAUUGUGCGGCGGUUAGGAGUCCCAGAAUGUAUUCUGUUGGUGUCUCAGCGGCUCACAAAGUACCCCGUUCUGGUGGAACGCAUUCUACAGAACACUGAUGUCGAUAGUGAGGAGCACGGUGCACUGGCCCAAGCCCUGGUUCUGAUCAGAGAGACCAUCUCUGCUGUGGACUCUCAGGUCCAUGACCAUGAGAGGGCCUCUAGGCUGAGAGACAUAGGCAGCAGGUUGGAACCUCAUUCUCAGGGCAGGCUGAAGGACGGAAGGGUGUUCAGGAGAGAGGACCUGGCAGAGGGGUCCAGAACCCUGCUCCAUGAGGAGACCAUCAACUGGCGGGCGGCCAACGGAUGGCUGAAAGGGAGUCUGUGUAUGAAGGAUGUCCAGAUCAUGCAGAGCCUGACAGAGAAGCUGCAUAUGUUUGCUGACAUGGCGGAGGCUGUACCAGGGCUGGAGGAUGUAGUGAACCACUCUCGUCUGCUGCUCCGCAGUGACGCCCUAGACCUCCAGCAGGGGGAGACACUGCUCAAGGGGGCCAUCACUGAGGUGGAGAAUCUGCAGAACCUUCUCCUGUCCGGUGUAACUGUGAGAGAUCCCUACCCCCCUCCAAAGGACAGCCUGGGUUCAGGGGGAUACAGUUUGAGGCCAGAAGUGCUACGGCUCUGUCCAGGGGGGCUAGGCCUUGGGGGGCUGUGGAACCUGGUGGCACUCAGGAGAGCCGAAACCUGUGGGGGCUAUGUCUGCAAUCCCAUAACCCCUGUGAAGAAUGGUAAUAUACAGGCGGGAGAACAGCUAGACAGUGUGGCAGGAAGACCUCUAGACAGAGGUCAGCAUUCAAACUCUGACCCCCAGCUACAGGACCUUGACCAAUCAGAGAGUCUGGAACUGUCGGUAGAUGAGUCACCAGCACCAGCAUCAUACUGGAGUUCUCCAUGCCCAAAUCCAUCCUUUCCUGAAGCUGAGUUCUUUGACAGGGUGCUGCUGCUCUCACAAAAACUCUACAGUCUGCUGGCCAUCGUCUCCCAGCAGGACAGCCACAUUGAGUUGCAGCGUGCCUUGCUGUCAGAGCGCGAGCAUCCUGGCCGUCCUCGUGGCAACGUGCUCCUGGAGCAGGAGAAACAACGUAACAUGGAGAAACAGAGAGAGGAGAUGGCUAACUUCCACACGCUGCAGACACAGCAUAGACAAGAACAGGCUCACUGGGAGAAGGAGCAGGAGCGCCACCAGCUGCAGGCGGAGGUCCUGGAGGCGCAGCUAAGACAGAGAGAGGAGGAGUGUAGGAGACUGGAGGAGAAGCUAGCAGAGGAGAGGGGGGAGCUGGAGAGAUGGAGAGAAAUCUACCAACAGGAUCUGGAGAGGCUGAGGGAGUCUACAAGGACUGUGGAGAAACAGAAGGAACGCCUGGAUAUACAGAUGAAGUUGAAGAAGAACAAGACCAUUGCCAACCCUGGGAGUUUUAACUUCAACACUCAGCAGUCGUUCAGAGGGAACCUCCCCCACUCUGCCUCCUUCCGAGGGGACCUCUCCCAGUCGUUCCGAGGGGACCUGAUGGGUGGUUGGACCACGGGAGGUGACGUGACCCCCAUCCAGACCUCCAAGGUCCACGUCCAACCCAGCCCCUCUCUAGCCACAGCUUUCUUCCUGGAGCAGCCCCCAGAGGUGCCCCUUCGUAGGGAGAGCAUCAGCCCUGUGCCCCCUAAAGUGGAGGUCCCCAUUCACCUGAUCAGCACCACCAACCAGGUGGUCCACAAGCCAGGGGCCGUGCAGCAGCAGAUCCCCACCAAGCUGGCUGCCCUCAGCAGCAAGGGCAACGAGAAGGGCAGAAAAAAGGGAUCGCACCAGUGCAUGCAUAGUGCAGCAUCUAUAGACAUGUCUCAGGUGGUGCCGAUCAGAGUGACAGGAAAAGAGUGCGGGAGUCUGAGAGGGAAGAGGACUGUGAGCCCUCACAGGAGCUACCAAUCAGAUCGUUUCUUUAGUCCUCCAGAGCCUCUGUCCAAUGCCAAGCCCUCCCAGACCCAGACCCUGUUGUCCAGCAGCAGCAUGAGGAGGCACUUCCCUCCACCCGAACCUCCUCAUCCUCCACCCUUCCCCAAAGACAUAGCAAGCAAACCAACCAAGGAACGCGUCAUCUAUCUGUAAGGACACAGGGUGAUGCAGGGUAAGACCAAAACCCUAACUCAUAGGGCCUAUGCCAGGGGUCUGCAACUGGGUGCCUGUGUGCCAAAACCUGUCCACAAGUGAUUUUUAUUUGGCCCGCCAAAGUAGUCUGUUCUGAUCACUGUACAGUAAAGAUUUUAUUGGACUUUUCUAAUUCCUGGUACUUAUUGAGUGCCUGUUGAAUUUCCAUAUUGUUCUGAUUAGUGUUUCUGUCAUGGUUUAAGAGGAAUCGUCUCUAACCACUCUCUGCACUCAAGUCUUUACUUUUAAAGGAUUCUUACAUGAAUGUUGAGCGGUGUUGUUAGGAAGCUGUUUAUUAUUAUAACUUGUUUACAGAUCUGAGGUGCCAAGCACGUUUUAUUCUCAGAGCGCAUUAGAAACUACUUUAAUCUAUAUCGUUGACCUGCUGCUUGAAAUCAGAAUGUCUUAAUCAAAAUAAUGCAUUUAUGUCAUAGAAUGUAUGGAAGUAAAUGUAGAUUUAUCUGUUAGAGGGAAUAAUAAUGGUGUAUAUAUAUAUACUGUAUUUUAACACAGAAUAAUUAUGACUACUGGACUUAAAUGAUGCCAAUUCUACUGUGGUUUCUGUCAUGAGGGAGACAGGAGUGGGUGUCGUGACAUUUUGUGGACUGUUGAAUGCAGACAGCCUUACCACGCGAUAUCAACGCUCAACAUGGAGUUUUAGUUGAGUUUUACCACACAACAGCUGCCCUGUGUGCGAGAAUGUACAGAAAUGUUAGGACACUCUGUGUUUAGUUUGAACUGGAGCAAAUCGUUUUUAACUGUAAUAUGGUUAUGUUCUGGGAACAAAGGUAACUUGUAAAUAAUAAUGUUAAGAUUUAA